AUGGCGCAGGCGAACCAAGCGAGACCGUCACUGCCUUCGAUCUCCAGCCUCAUAGAAGCGGUCACCGAGCAAGCAGAGAAGGCAGGGAAGGACCCCUCACCAGUGUUCGACAUCCCAAGAAGGAUAUCCAGUGGCUCUCAGGGACAGACAACAAGCCCUGAUCGGUUGAAGAUUUCUGGAAGUCCUCGAAACCGCCCGCCGCCGACGCCAGAACUGCCGCCAGCCUCCAGUUUCGACUUCCCCAGACCCUCACCAACGAACAUUUCACCCAGUGGCGUCCCUGCUCGCAGCGGUUAUUACCAUCCUGGAUCUGCGAGUACAAACCCAGAACUCUACGCUCAGCGCCCCUCGACCUAUCCUCCCAUCAGCGACGCGGGUCCAUCCUAUCCUCCCUUGUUGGAUGGAAACCAAUGGGGCUCCGCGCAUCCUCCGCGACCCCAUCCAGAUGCCAUACCACAGGACCAUUCCUCAAGACCUCCGCCAGCGCCCUACAGCGACCAUUCAGCGGACACGCCUCUGUAUAGUGGACUAACCCAACAACGCCAACUGCCAACUAACUUUCCGGGACCUGUUGGCGGUCCUGGAUUGCCUCCAAUAGAUCCUCAAAUGGCCCCUGCAUGGCAGCAUCAUCACUACUACCCUCCGGCCAAUCCGCCGACCUAUCCUCAGACGCAAGAGCGUUACAUAUGUCCGACCUGUAACAAGCCAUUUUCCAGACCCAGCUCACUGAAAAUCCACACCUACUCACAUACCGGCGAGAAGCCCUACAAGUGCAAGCAUGCAGGGUGUGGGAAAUACUUCAGCGUAAGGAGCAACAUGAAAAGACACGAAAAAGGGUGCCACGGCGGCGAAAGCUCGAACACCACCGGAACCAGUCCAAGGACAACUUAA